AUGGCUCUGGAAAAUAAGUAUAGCAACAAAAUGAAGAACUUGCGAGCUCAGCUGGAGGCCUAUCAAGAGACAGUAGACAAGAAAAACCAGUACUGGCAAGACACAACAAAGGUAAAAAGGAAAAUACUGUCACCUUGAAUGGAUGGGAUACAACUUUCCCCCUAAAACUUUAUGAGGCUAUAUGAACAAUAUUCAGGACUAGUAGAUCAGCAAUCUGCAAUUUCACAUUUGCCCUUUAAGUUUAUAAAUAAAGGGCAAAUGUGCUAUUGCAGAUUGCUGAUCUACUAGUCUCUUUAUUAAGGAAGUAAAAGGUAAGCUACUUUGCACAAAAAUAUUUUCAUUUCUUAUGGGCCGUGAAGAUCCUGUGAGGUUUGCCAUCAUCACAACUUCACAGGCAUGAACUUGUGACCCAAUAUUUGCAGAUGUGCAAAAAAUCAUUUGAAAGAAACCAUGGUGGUCGGGGGCGGGGAGACAGCCCAAUGAAUCCAGAGUGUGCUCUGUGGCCAUGGAAUGUUGACUGGCUAUUGCUGGGAGGGCGAGACAGAAAACACUGGGAGAGGAGGAGAAACUGAAUGGGGGGGUGGCUGGAGUCCUAUGGAGAAGCUAUUAUUCGAUCUGUAAUGAUGAUGAUGAUGAUUCUGGAUGGCUUCCAGCAGAAUACAAAAACAUAAUAAAACAUCAGAUGCUAAAACCUUCCCAAUACAGGGCUGCCUUCAGGUGUCUUCUAAAAAUUGUGUAGAUCUUUUUCUCCUUGACAUCUGAUGGGAGGGUGUUCCACAGGGAGGGUGCUAUUGCCAAGAAGCCCCUCUGCCUGGGUCCCUGUAACUUCACUUUUCACUGUGAGGGAACCAGCAGAAGGCCCUUGGGCUUGGACCUCAGGCUGAAUGAGCGGAGACGCUCCUCCAGGUACACUGCAACCUUUUGUUAUAGGUUCCAUUUCUACAGUACGAUUACUGUAGCAAUUAGAGCAAGCAAACAGGUUUCUCUAUUUGCCCGUCUGGUUAAGAUAAUAGUCUCAUUUCUGUAUAAUUAUACACCCAGAAACUGAAGGAAGAAAAUAGAAUACUGAGACAAGAGAAAGAAGAGCUGGCAAAUCAGAUCACACUGCAGAAGGAAAAAUGGGGUGAUGAAAAGGUAACUCAGAAGUAGUUUGGAGUAAUUUGACUUUAUAAAAUCCAACCGAAAUUGUAUAAAGUUUUCUCCUUUUUUGACUAGCAAAUUUAAACAGAUGUCUGCACACAUAGAUUAUGUAAUUAGGACUUGUAAAUUAAAUUAAUGGUCCUUAGAUUAGUCCACUGGCAUUGCAUUUUCUGAUUUCAACCAAAGUCAUGUUCUCUCUGCUUUGAGGAUCAGGUGAAUAAAUUCAUGGAUCCCUGCCAAAUCUAGUACUUUCCUGGUCACAGUGGAGCUGACCCAUGGGAAGCAUGCCUGCCUAAAUGCACCUAGUUAAUCUGAGAUGCCUGCACAAUAUAGCAGUUGCACUGAAGCAACAGAUAACAGAUGAAUCAUGGUAAAAUGCAAUCCUACAACAUCAGAGCAGGCUAACGAGGUCCACCAUAAGCUCAGGUGAAUAAAAAAAAAUGUCUUGAGCUGGCAAGAGAAGCAGUUGAUGCCAAUAGCAGGAGGGGGUGUCGGGCAAGUUGGCAUUUUUUGAUUAAAUGCUUACCAAAAAAUGCAUAUUUUGUGAAAAAUAUGUUCAAAUAUGUGAAUUUCCAUAGAGGGUUUUUUUUAAAAAAAACAAGCAGAUAGAGUUUAAUUUGGAAUUUGGUCAGAACAAAGUAAUGAAUAAACCUGUGAAAGUGACACGUACUGUAAAUAGGCAGAUCCCUGCACCUCCAGGGCCAAUGUUUGACCUUCAGCCUAGCAGCCAUCAUCAUUCUCUGGGGCUCUGCAGGAGAAGCACAUAGCACUGCUCUUCUCCUCACUUAAAGUGUGUAUUAUUUGCAAAGCAGUAUUAUAAGUGAUUUAUCUUAAAGCCCAUCCUGCCCUGCAGCUUCAGAGCAGGUUACAUCAGAACUAGAACUUCCAGGAUUUAAAACUAACCUUUAGUAAUAUGUUGUUCUAUUUUUCCAUGGUGUUUUCUUGUGUUGGUUUUCAGUGUUAUUUUUGUUUUAAUACAUACCAUUGUACUAUAUUUUGUAAACUAUUUAACUGUGAAAUGAAGGAAAAUAUAUAAAUAUUUUAAUAAUAAAUUAAAAACCCACAAUAUAUAUGAGACAUUCUUCUAUUGAUCUGCAAAAGAAUUGAAAAUUGAACAGUUAUGAUCUUUUGCAGGCUUGGCUGCUCAGGAGCACUACUCAAAAGCUUGACUGCCUGCAUAACCAGCACACCUUAAGUAAGUCUUUCCCUUCAAAAGAAUGACUGCUUGAAUGAAUUAUAGACAACGUGCCCUUUAUUUCUUCCUUGCAUUUCAUUUGUAGCUCCAAACUAAUGUCUCUUGCUCAAUGGGAAGUCUCUCAGUGGACUUUUAAUCAUGUCAUAAUUGAAAAAUUGAGUUGACAAAAGGACUCCUACAAUGUCCAAAGCACAAGGUUUCAUUUAUCACAUUUUAGAAGCCCUGGUUGAUAACUGAGCAUGCAAACUAUGCUGCAGCCGCCGCCGCCCCAAAUGCUGUCUUUCACAUGCUUGUGUGCAUCGCAAAGCCCAAACCAGACAAUAUACCACUUGCUCUUUGUGUGAAUGGUGUUGGAUCAUAGUUCUAUUUGCUAUGAUAGAAGCUACAGGCAAGUAAGUGUACAACUCUGGAGAAUUAUUCAAAAUUAUUAUUACAAUUCUUUUGUUAGAACUGUUUUCCCCCCCUUUAGAAGUUAUCUUUGUUGUUGUUACAUUCUCCUAUUCACCCCCCUCCCAGCUAUUGAAGAACUUCAGAGGAGUAGAGUAAACCUUGAAAAAGUGGAGAAAAUUGUAGAUUUUCAAAUGGACUUACCCUGUGAUCAACGAAGAGCAUUAAUUAUAUCGGAUGAGGUAAACUUCUUUGUGUUGCAGAUGAUGAAAUAGAAAAAAUGGUCAGUUUUUCUGUUUUGAAAAUAAGUUCCUUUUACAUAUUUGAUCCAUUUAUAAAUCACUUAACUGGGAGAGAGAUGGGUUAGAGUGUUUUCUGUAGCAGCAGAACUCAAUUGCAGAUGAUUUGGGAGUGUUCUAAAAUAUAUGAGUUUAAUGUGGGCUGAUUAUGGAUUCAGUUUGCAAACUUCACCAAGCUCACUUUCUGUUUUGUUCACCCAAAUCUGAUUGAAAUCAGGGGAGAAAAACAGCAGAUGUUAUGUCAAAUAUUCCUUUGGAGGCAAAAUUCCAUUCUGCAGUGCCAACAGUUAUACUAGCAGUGAAUGGAAAUGUUCUUUUGGUUGCAAAACGGGUGUGAUUAAACUGGAAUGUAUAAAAAAGCAAAUUUCUUUCAGAUAACAGAAAAAGGAAUCACAGACCAUAAUGCGGGGGUGGAAAAGUCUAAUGUCACAACACAGGAGUCAGAGACGACAGAGCUUGCUCAGAGGUCUACAUCUGUUGUGGUAAGCCUUCCAUCCACUUUCCUUUUGCCAGAACAUAUUAAAUCACAGAUAUGCAUGGCAAUAUGGUUGGUGCAGGAGUAAUAAACUUGCUGCUUGUCACUUCUGUUGCUCUUGUUGCUUCAAGAGCCUGGACCUCAUAUCUGCUAGGUGAAGUACAGCACAUUGGAGUGCUCAACCUUCAAAAAUGGGAUUCAUACGGGAGUUAAAACUGCAGUGUCAUGGGUAAAAUCUGAAAAAAGCAAGUCCAGCUCAAGCACCACAGCAAAAAGAUUCUGGUCUCAUUAACCAAAGAGAUUCUGGUCCCAGUGAUAAUCUCUGCAGGGCGGAGGAGUGUCGUGGGUGCCCUUCUCCCAUGAACAGGGCAGCCCGCAGGGUUUCUGAGUCAUCUUAGUUUAGAUUCACAGAAGAGCAGUGGUGCAGGGCCACCACUCCAUGAAGCCUAUUGCUGUGAGGGAUCCAGAAAUCCUGACACUGCUCAUUCAGCCACUUCUGGAAGCACUGGUUCAGAGGCGGCGACUUGGGCCACAGAUCAUGGGUGUCCAGCAGUGCUGAUGUAACACGUUGUCAUGGUGUCAGAUUACAUCGCUCCUGGAAGUGGCAUCAGAGGUCCUGCAAGGCCUAGGACGCCACUUUCAAGGCCCCGCGAGACCUCAGGUGGGACGUCCAGGACCUCAUGAGGAAUCAGAGGUCCCAUCCGAGGCCUUGUAGGGCCUUGAAAGUGGAAAGUGUAGGCCUCAUGCGGACUCUGCCUGAGGCCUACAGUUCUGCAUGAGGAACCAGAAGUGGCACUGGAGGAUCUGCAAGGCCUAGGACGCCACUUCCAAGGGCCUCGGAUGGGACCUGGAAGUCACAUCCAAGACCCCACAAAAUGUGUGCUGGGCAUACACAAUUAUGUUUUUGUGGCUGCCUGGGCCCCCAGGGCCCCCUCAAGUUGGUGUCAGUGCGCUGGUUCUAGUAGCUGGGACCCAUUUUCCCACACCUGUUGCUGCAGAUCAUAUCUGCCCGAGAGCGGGUGGCGCUGUGGUCUAAACCACUGAGCCUCUUGGGCUUGCUGAUCAGAAAGUCAAUGGUUUGAUUCCCUGCGACGGGGUGAGCUCCCAUUGCUCUGUCCCAGCUCCUGCCAACCUAGCAGUUCAAAAACAUGCCAGUGCAAGUAGAUAAAUAGGUACUGCUGUGACAGGAAGGUAAACGGUGUUUCUAUGCACUCGGGCUUCUGUCACAGUGUUCAGUUGUGCCAGAAGCGGUUUAGUCAUGCUGGCCGCAUGACCUGGAAAGCUGUCUGUGAACAAAUGCUGCUCCCUCAGCUUGAAAGCGAGAUGAGCGUGGCAACCCCAUAGUUGCCUUGGACUGGACUUAACCGUCCAGGGGUCCUUUACCUUCUUCUUUUUUUUAACCAGUAAUGAAACAGAUUUGGGAGGACAGGAGGGCGGCUUCACCAGACUUUCUCUUUAGACAAAUAGGCUCAGCGUAUUGAUACGAGUCUCCUCUUUUCAGGCCAAGCAAUGGAUAUUUGGGUCCCAUCAGGGAUUUUGGCUGGGGAUCUGUGCUGUGCCUAAUCAGUGAUGUUGCUGGCACUAUGCAGAGAUCUUGACUGCGCUCAGGCAGCCACAUUCCAGACUGCCCUUCAGAUAGCUCUGGUGCCAGGAGCCAGGACUCAGAUUUAGGAAAAUGUAGUACCCUUAAAACAGAAGUACUUUCUUCCAGGCAGGAAUAUAUUUGGAUUUCACACAAAUAAUAAGCUCCAACUCUUUAUUUAUUGCACUGUACACCUGAAAAUCUGGGAAAGCCCUGAGAGAGAGCAGUCAAAGAAAGAGCUACUUCAGAUUACAAUAGUGUGUGGUUUAUUUCAUUUCCUUCUAAACAAGGUUUAGAAGGUUUAGAAGGUUCAGUGUAGUUUCAGCCUGUCUUGGUAAUUUAGAUACAUUGUCGCACAUUAUGCUAGGUACAGCACUUCACUUGUCUGAGAUGGUGAUCAAGAUUUGUUCCUCUCCCUCAGGUGGAGAUGGAGGAAGCGCAUAAUGGUUUGCCACAAAAGAAACUUCUGUUGGAAGUGAAAGCCACCUUGGAGCUGGUCAAAGGGUCUUUACAGAAACGGGAGACAGAGAUCAGUGACCUUCUGCAAAAUGGACAUUGGUGUAACUCUGAAAUUACAGAUAUGUUGUUGACAGAGUCUACUGUAUAUUAG